AUGACUGUCACUGAAAGCAAGACCGAAUCCGUUUCCAUUGAAGAAAUCGGGUGGUUGUUCGUGAAGAACUACUAUGGUACAUACACUUCCGACUUAUCAAACUUGUACGCUUUUUACGACAAGAACGCAUCCCUUUUGCAUGAUGCCUUCCCCGUCGAAUCCUCCGAAUCUGAGACUCCCGUCCCAAAAACCGUUCACCUUGCCAACGGAACCGAUUCCAUCAAAAGCCACUUCACUGAGCAGGCCACUGCCGCUGAGAAAAACAAGAUUGUUAUCGAGAGAGCCGACUUCCAAUCCUCUGUGGAGAACAGCAUCUUGAUCGUAGUCUGUGGAUCUUGGAAGCGUGGCUCAUCUAGCCUCUGGCAAUUCGUCCAAACUUUUGUUUUGAAGCCUGUGGGAACCAAGAUGUUCGAUGUGGCUAACGAUAUGUUGAAGUUUGUUGAUCUUUCUGAGAACUUUGAGCAGCCACUGGUUGUCAUUCAACAAGCUAGCACUCCAGCUCCAAACGGUGAUGCUACCAAGGACUCAAGCGAGCAGGAGACCGCCAAGGUUCAAACUGAAAGUGAGAAGGAGGCUGUCAAGGAGAGUGUUCCUGUUGAGGAGAAGUCUGAGGAACCUGUUCCUGAAGUGAAGUCUAAGAACACCAAAGAGGAGAAGCCUAAGAAGACUGAAGCGGAGCCAAAGGAGGCCGAAAAGAAGGAAACUUCUCCUGCCCCACAGCAGCCAGCUACACCAGCUGUUAAGCCCACUUGGGCAAACUUGGCUGCUAUGCAACCUAAGGUACCUCAGUCAAAGACCGCAACUGUGGCUUCCCCAGGUGCCGCUAAGAAUGUUCCUGCCCCAUCUCCUACUGUGAAGAAGACUGGAUCUCCCGCUCAAUCUGCUCCAUCUGUUCAGCAACAGCAGCAGCCACAACACACCAACUCCAAGAACAAGAAGGAGGAGUGGUACCCUAUUUACAUCAGGGAUGCUGAUGUGGAGGAAGAAGCUUUGAGAUCUGCAUUGACGAAGACUUUUGGUGAGAUGAAGUUCUUCAAGAAGAACCAGAGAGUCGCUUUGUGUGACUUCAAGGAAAGAGAAUUCCAACAGAGAGCUUUGGAGGCGAAGGAGAUUCUUGUCGGUAACACUGUGGUGCACAUCGAACCAAGAACUCACAAGCAAAACAACAACAACAAAAAGGAUUUCAAGGAUAAGAAGGCGACGAAGAAGAACAAUAAUAACGGUAACGGCCAUAACGGCAAGAAGAAUUAG